UGCAAGUUUCCGGAAAUGCUAUCCUGUCCUUAUCUGCAGGGAGAUAUUCUUAAGGCAUUGGCCACGGGGAAGACUGUUAUCUCAAGAGCUUUCAAGCGUUUUGAUUCUCAUCAUGUUCGUUUCGCAAUGGCUUACCCCAUUUACAAGUUAUCAUUUUCCGGAAACUCGACAGUGGACCAACGCUGCAAAGCCGCUGCAGGGUACAUGGGAGCGAUCUUCAGAUUCGACUCAUUUGCUGAGCACGUACUAGGGCAAAUAGAUGUAAGGCAUACAAUCUCUGUGUCUAUAUAUGAUGCAACUGAAUCUCCUGACUGCCUGCUUUUGUAUCGGUGGGGAAAUCACGAGAACUCUCGGUCCCUUCUGCAUGAAAGCGAGCUCAAACUCGGGGAUCCAUGCCGGAGAUAUAGGGUCAUGUGCCGGUCAGUCCAUCAAAAUUGCUCCAUCCGGUACCAACACAAGGCACCCCUCCCUUGGAUCCCAAUAGUGUUCUCAGGUUUAACCAUCCUGAUCGAACUCCUACUAGGAUGUAUACUUAUAGGAUCGACAGUUCAUAGUCUGAAAAUUCAAGAAUUGAAUGCUCAAGCGGAGGCCUUCAACACCACAAAUUCUCAGUUUCUGUCAGAAGCUUCCCAGGAAAUCAGAAAGCCUGCAUACAGUGUACUCGAAACUCUGAGACUGGUGCUCAGAAUGGAACUAACUUCACCCCAAAGGGACUACAUUCAAGUUGCUCGAGAAGGCUGGGAGAGACUGAUAGAUUCGAUCUACGAGGUUCUUGAACCGGGAAAACUCAAACCUCCAGAUGUGACAGAGCAACUUGCCCUUUGAAGUUCAAUCCACAGAGAGCAGAACAUGAACAAGUCUCCUUGGUCAGCGAAUCUUUAGGCAUUGAUAGCUAUUCGAAAGGCAAACUCAGCAAUGAUAACAAACCCCAAUACAAUAAAGCUGUGAAUUUUAUGAACGUGUUUGCCAUCUGUGAAAGAAGCAAUAGAGAUCCAAUCUAUAUUGAGCACCAAAAA